AAUUCGAUCGUUAUUUAAGAAACGCAAGGGGUCUUCCCCGCUUGCUCGCUCGCUAGAUCAGAUGCUGGCGAAGGGGGGAGGGGAGUUCUUAAUCCAUGUGUUUUUGGUGGCGGAGGGAGAGUUUGCGCUGGAGAACAGGGGUCUGUAACACGUCAGAAACAGCACAAAGACUUUGCCACGUAAUUACAGGCCCCUAUUAAGUCUCGAGCUGCCCUCCCUUGGGUCUCCAAUUUUCAUGUAUUCCCUGCAAAGUCUCCCCUGUGUGCCAGACUGGCCCUUUUGAAGUGCCAGAGAGCGGCUUGAUCCAACUGAGAGGGGUGGGGAGAGCAACUGAGAGCGAGAUCAGGAGAGGGUGGGGAGCUCUCUCUCGGACUCCUGAAAACCCUCGUCUUCCCUUCGGUGAGAGUUAAUACUCGCGACUACAUCUGCAAGACAUCAGCACCCGUGACCUGAAACCUCAGUCACUCCCAAGACUCACCCGGAGCGCAAAGGGGGCAAAGCGCUCUCUUGGAGAUGGUUUAAAGCCGGGACAAGCCUCUUGCCGCUGGUGCCUGCCUGGGAAUACGCCGCUUCUCCUGAAAGACACGUUUCGAUUCCUCUGCCCCCCUCCCCCAUCCCCUCCCUCAAUCUCUCUCUUUCUCACGCUUUCUGUGUCACUUUCGCUUGAGAACUGGGCAGACGGAGGCCUGAUUCUCCCCCUUGAACCUGCCGAAGUAAACCCAGGGAGCGCCCCUGCUGCGGGGACAGAGUCUGAGAUUUUGGGGAGGGUCCCUUGUAUUCCCCCCCCCUCCUGUUUUGCCUGCACUUCCCCUUUAAGACUUGGGGGAAACCAUGACUUCAAGCUAUGCCCACAUCAUGGAGAGACAGGCCGUCCUAGCCACCCGCUUGGAGAGCCCCAGCAACCUGGACAACUUACAGGCCAAAAAGAACUUCUCCGUCAGUCACCUGUUGGAUCUGGAGGAAGCCGGAGACAUGGUGGCGGCUCAGGCGGACGAGAGCGUAGGGGAAGCCGGCAGAAGCUUGCUGGAAUCCCCGGGGCUAACCAGCGGCAGCGACACCCCGCAGCAGGACAAUGAUCAGCUGAACUCAGAAGAGAAGAAGAAAAGAAAGCAGAGAAGAAACAGGACCACCUUCAACAGCAGUCAGCUCCAGGCAUUGGAGAGAGUCUUUGAGAGGACACAUUACCCCGAUGCCUUUGUACGAGAAGACCUUGCACGCAGAGUCAACCUCACUGAAGCCAGAGUUCAGGUGUGGUUUCAGAACCGAAGAGCAAAGUUCCGCAGGAAUGAGAGAGCCAUGCUGGCCAACAAGAACGCUUCCCUUCUCAAAUCCUAUUCAGGGGAUGUGACUGCGGUGGAGCAGCCCAUAGUACCUCGUCCAGCUCCAAGACCCACUGACUAUCUCUCCUGGGGAACAGCCUCGCCUUACAGCGCCAUGGCUACUUAUUCUGCUACGUGUACCAAUGCUAGCCCUGCCCAGGGCAUGAACAUGGCCAACAGCAUUGCCAACCUGAGACUGAAAGCAAAGGAAUAUAGUUUACAGAGGAACCAAGUACCGACAGUCAAUUAAACACUGUCUCAAAGAAAGAGUAAAACACAGUGACACCUAUCCUGCUUAGCAGUUUGCUCAUGCUGAAAAAGUAAACCCUGAACUGACUAUUGGGACAAAAGCAGGAGAAAAAUGAACUGCAAAUUAGUUAUGAUGUUCCUCUUUCAUUGUGGGAUAAUGCCACCACUUUGUGUCAGGUUUAUCGCUUCUGCUCAGUAUACUAUGAGCUUCUUCAGUUAAGGACAAUUCCAUCCUUGUUGUUUAUUUUAUACGUGACUGCAAAAGAAACCCUAUCAAUCCAACCUUUGAACUUCUCCCCUAGACUUUCCUGAGGUUCAGCACCGGGUCCCUCACCUCCUAUGCCCCAAUUCACUCUAGAAAAGGGAAUUCCGAAGCCAAAGCCCUCUCUGUUGUAUCUGGAUGAGAUUGAAGUCUCCUUCCAUCACUCCAGACCAAGGCUGCAGCUGCGAAGUCGUUAACAUUAGCCUCUGAGGAGGCUUUAUGAGCAACACGGUGGGUUCCUCUCAUCCAGUUGCCUGGAACGUUCAGCAUUUCAUUCACACCCAUCUUGAGUUUAGAACUUAUUUGCCUCUUUCUGAUUAUUUCUGGCCCAGCCUCUUUAAAAAGCCAAAGAAGAGAAGAUCCUUCUCAAGCUAGAGUGCGUGUCUGCAUGGGGGAGAUUGCUCGAGAGCUCAAAGAUUAGGACUUUGCCUUACUCUUCUUUCUAUGCCUUAUGUUUUGUGCCACAGGUAAAGGUGUUGUCCAAACGCAUUUGUUUUAUAUAUACUGUAUAUAUUUAUAUAUAUAAGAUAUACAUGCAAGCUUGGUUGGUGUUUUUUAUUAAACAAAAUAAAAAUACAUUGAAAACGUU